AUGCAUCGCCUAGCUGCUGCCAUGCUCGUGUUGCUCUGCUGCUGCUGCUUGUUCCUCGCCACGCAGCAGCAGCAGCAGCUCCAGCCAGCCGCCGGUGGUAACAGAGCGAGCCCGAGCUGCAUACCACACGAGAGGGACGCCCUGCUGGCAUUCAAGCACGGCGUCACCAGCGACCCUGGCGGCGUCCUCAGCUCGUGGCGGCGAGACGGUCGCCACGACGAGCAAGACUGCUGCCGGUGGAGAGGCGUCCGGUGCAGCAACCGAACUGGCCACGUCCACGAGCUUCGACUUGGAGGUGGAGGCCCCUUCCGACCAGAUUUGGCCGGCCAGAUAAGUCCUUCCUUGCUUGCUCUGGAUCACCUAGAGCACCUUGACCUCAGCGGGAAUGAUCUAGCAGGGCCAACGGGUCGUCUUCCCGAGUUCUUGGGCUCUCUAAAGAAUCUCAAGUAUGUUGACCUCUUUGGCAUACCAUUCUACGGUGGCGUGCCUCCCCAGCUUGGCAACUUGUCAAGGCUGCAGUAUCUAGAUCUUUCCAAUUCCUACUGGUUGGGAAGCAUGAACUCGACGGAUCUCUCAUGGCUGCUCUCUUGCAAGCGCAAACCAGUUGCUGUCACACCUGAACCUUACAAAGAGGAGCUCGAUGCAUCCGGGAACUCCUUCCACCAUCCAAUGGUGACCAGCUGGUUCUGGAACAUAACAAGCCUUAGAUUCCUUUACCUCAGCUCCACUAGUAUGUACGGUCAAUUUCCGGAUGCUCUUGGAGACAUGACAUCCCUGCAAGUCCUUGAUCUUUCAGAUAUUUAUUAUGAUUAUGAUUAUCAAGAUGAUGACAAGAACAUGCGCAGCAUGACCAUGGAUCUGAAGAACCUAUGCAAUUUGGAGGUCCUGAACCUUAAAAGCACUCACUUAUAUGGCGACGUAGCUGAGCUGUUUAGGAAUCUACCUCGAUGUUCACCCAACAAAUUGCAAGAAUUGGACCUCGGUUGGAACCAUUUAACCGGGAUGUUACCAAGAUGGAUAGGGCAAUUCAUGAGCUUGGUUGUUCUGAAUCUAGGUUGGAACAACCUAACCGGACAUGUCCCAUAUGAGAUUGGAAAGUUUAGUAAUCUGACCCAUCUGAAUCUAAAGAGAAAUAAACUGGAUGGCACGAUAACUGAGGAACACUUUGCUAGUGCAAGGAGCUUGCAAUAUAUAGACUUGUCAUAUAAUGCCCUCAAGAUUGAGAUCAGCUCGGACUGGCAACCACCAUCUACAUUAGAGUAUGUAUCCUUUGCAUCCUGCCAGAUGGGCCCACUGUUUCCUGGGUGGCUUCAGUGGAAUGUGAACAUCACCCAUCUUGAUAUCUCGAGUGCAGGUAUAGCUGAUAGGAUUCCACAAUGGUUCUCCGAUGCCUUUUCAAAUGUUUGGUUCAUGAACAUCUCCAACAAUCAACUCAAUGGAACUUUGCCGGCUGAUAUGGGCUCCAUGUCACUUCUACAACUCUACCUCAGUUCAAACAAAUUAACUGGUCAGAUACCCACGCUGCCACCAAACUUAAGUUACUUGGACUUGUCCAACAACUUCUUGUCAGGACUCACUGGUCACUCUGCUACUAGAUUUGCCAAUCUAAGAGAGCUUUCUCUGUUCUCCAACCGACUCACUGGUCAUAUUCCUGAAUCUUUUUGUAAAUAUCAGCAAUUAUUUGUGUUGGACUUAUCCAACAAUUUUUUGGAGGGAGAACCACCGUUGUGCCUAACGGAAUAUAUGGAAGUUGUAGCCUUAAGUAACAAUAGUUUGUCAGGAAAGUUCCCGUCUUUUCUGCAAAACUUGACAAAUGUGGAGUACCUAGAUUUGUCUUGGAACAAAUUCUCUGGAAGAUUGCCAAUGUGGAUUGGAAGCUUAACAUCAUUAAGAGUUAUACGAUUAAGUCACAACAAGUUCUUUGGUAGCAUUCCAAUGAACAUCACAAACCUUGCUUGCCUUCAGUACAUGGAUCUAAAUAACAAUAAAAUAUCAGGCUCUCUGCCGAUCUACCUUUCAAAUCUUAAAUUUAUGGCAAACACAUCCAUGGUGGGUUGUUUUCAAGCCCUUGCAAUACUUGAUUCUCGUCUUAAUAGUUUGUCUACGGUCUGGAAGGGGCAGGAAUUGAACUAUGGUUCCGUUAAAAGAAUUGAGGAUACAAGUAUGACGAGCAUUGAUUUAUCUUCAAACGACUUAACCGGUGAAAUUCCAGAAGAAAUAGUUGUUCUUGAUGCGCUUGUGAAUUUGAAUCUAUCAAGGAACCACUUGACUGGAGUUAUUCCAAAGGGGAUCGGGGAAAUGCGAUCACUGCAAUCAUUGGACCUCUCGAGGAACAUGCUCUCAGGGAAAAUACCAGCCACUCUGUCAAAUCUGACGUUCUUAAGUUACUUGGAAUUAUCAUACAACGAUCUUACUGGACGAAUUCCAUCGGGAGUACAGCUUGAUACCCUGUAUGCAGAGUAUCCAUCUAUGUACAUUGGCAACAUCGGUCUUUGUGGACAUCCUCUUCAAAACAAUUGCUCGAGUGAGCGUCAUGCACCAAAGCAAGGUGGCCUGGGAAGAACUGAAGAAGGUUAUGGGAUACCAUUCUUUUAUCUUGGACUCGGGUGCGGCUUCGUGGUUGGUACAUGGAUUGCAUUUGGUGUUUUGUUGUUCAAGAGAAACUGGAGAAUUGCUUGCUUUCGACUCUCGGACAAGUUGUACGACAAAGUAUAUGUCCUUGUUGCUACAUGGGCAAGAGCAAGACAAACACAAACUGAUUAG